AUGUACCGCCGACCAACCCUGCGCCUCGAGCCCGACAUCACCAGGGAAAAACGAUCGACCCUCUACGAACUGCCGUCCGCGGGUGCAAGCGAUGACUACCCCCACAACUCCGUCUUCCGCUCGGCGCAGCUCGAGGUCCACGUCCGCAGUCAGUCCAUAAAGAUUCACCGCGCAGCGAACUACGACAUCCGCUCCCUGCCCGUCUUCGGAGACCAUGACAAAGUCUCGGGCAACGUCCUCCUCGACCUCAGCCUCUGCUGCGCCCCCGGGCGUUUAACGGUCUAUCUGCAAGGCUCCUUCCUCUUUGCAUCCCCCAAUAUCGGCAACCAGGAGCUUGACGACUACGCAACGCCCAGGAAGGAAAAGAACCGCCAUGUAUUCUUCACCGCGUCCGAGUCGCGCCCCACCGGCGAGCUCGAUUCCCCACGCUCGACGACUUCCCUGCGCGACGCAUUUACCGCAAGCGUUCGUUCACGUCAGCGCCGGCCCAGCCAGUCAGCACUGCGGGGAGCGCUCCGCCCGUUUCCCUUCUCAUUCGAGAUCCCUCGUCCGGAACAAUCAGGGCAAGAGCUCCCCCCGACAUUUUCAAGCGUCGCCUCGAGCGAAAUGGGACCGCGGGGACGCACCGGAGUCGAGCGCGCAGAGGUCUCGUACUCCGUCACCGCGGUUUGGGAGGCGUUCGAUCGAAGUGACCGCAUACUUGUCGAGGCACCCAUCAUCUACCAGCCAGAAGCCGACUUCCAGUCUCUCGACGGACACGCCAUGCAGGGCGAAUCCUGGCUAGAGAUCCCGCUCAAGGCGGACAGGCCGGUACCGUUCUCGUGCGCAGUGACGAUCCCGCACCCGGCGACGUUUUCCCGCUCCAGCGCAAUCUCGUACUUUGUUGUCUUCACAACGACCCCGCGGUCUGCGACGCUAGCCAGGGAGAUCGCAGCCGACGCGACCAUCUCUGUGUCUCUCCUCCGCGACGUUCGCAUCGACAUGCCCCCGGCACGCCCCGGUCAUAUCUCUCCCACAUCGUCAAGUCCAACGACUUCGGGCGACGAGUCGGACGCGCCGCCCAUAGCGAGAAAUAGGCUCCUCCGCCGGGUCGUGCGUAAUCCGGGGCGCACACUCGUUCGCACUGCAUCCCUUACCCGCCUUAACUCCCGAGGCAGCGCUAAAGACCGCGACCGGGAGAAGCCGCUCCCUCAACUGCCUCCGCAGGGGAUCGUCGAGAGCCGGGUAUUGCACACCGACGUCUCGAUCGGAUUCCCCAAGCGUCCCAGGUUUCGCAUGGAGCCAAACCAACGCCACCCGUCGUUAGAUGAGUACAACACGCUCCCCGACGGCCUAUACAAGGGGCGGAUAGGGUUCGAGAAGCACAUGAUUCCCUCCUUCGACUGGGUUGGCUUGCGAGUCAAGUAUUAUCUGGAAGUAACGGUCAUCGUUGGUCAGGACCAGAUGCGCGCGCGCGUGCCGCUCCGCAUAACAUGA